AGGGACAUAUGGAGGUUGUUAUGCCACAACUUUAGGAUCUGUGUGCCAUGAACUAGGACAUACAUUUGAUUUGGGUCACUCUUCAGAAGGCAUAAUGGCACGUGGAUUUGACAACUUGGAUCUUGUAUUUGCAUUACCUCCUCAAAAUAACAAUCAUCUCCGAGGCAAUUCGAGAAAUGUGAUCAGUCCGGUUUGCAAAGAAGAACCACAACAUUCAACUGUUUCUUUGUCAAAAAUUUUGAACGUUUCAUAUUCAGUUGCAUCACCAAUGAAACGUAUUUGCAGUAGGCCUAGAAGAGAAUGUGUGCUUCAAAGUAGUUAUGAUUCCUCAGACAGCUGUAGUUCUCAUUCCAGUGAAGUAAUGCAAGAUGACUCAGAGUUGUGCAGAAAUGAUUCUGGCGAAGCAUGUUCUGCAAUUUCUGAAGAUCAUUCAGUGAUCACUAAUGCUAGAAGAUUAUCAAAAAGUAAUGGAGACUGUACAUUUUGGACAAAAAGUUGUGCUACAUUAUUAAAUCAUCACAGGCAAGUCUACACUGGUUUGGCAUUCACAUUGCUUUUAAAAUUGCAUGUGAAAAUGACUGUUGAUUGCUAAAAUUCUAAUUUUCAUUGAAACCAAUUAAUUUUGAUGUUGAUAGUAGGACAAAGUUUUAACAUAAUAUAUUAUAUUCUGUGUUCCAUCAGAAGUAAGCAAGAUUUUGCAAGCCGUUCUAAUAUUAGACAAAUUUUUCGGUCUUUCCUUCUACCCUUGUUACAAUUAUUAUGUUUUAAAUAAAAUUAUUUUCUUCUGUCUCAAAUUUUUUCAUGCUCUUAUUCCAGAUCACUUUAAUUGAAUGAGCACAACUUUGACAAUGUUUUUCUUCUUCUUCUAAGAUUUCAAUAAUUAAUACUAACAAUGUUUAAUAUUUGCACUAUACAGUUUCAUUAAUAUCAUCAUCAUCCAUCAUCAUAUUUACUUAAAGAUCUACAUACUUUUUUUUAUUAAUUAAUAAUUUUUAGUUUAUGUACAUGAAUAGUUUGGUCCCCAGACUGCAAAAGUCCUUAAAGAUACCUUUUGUUUUGGUUAUUUUAAUUCAAGAUUGCAAUUCAAAGGUUGUUGUGGUUUGUUUCUUUUGCCUGAACAUUCCUACAACGUGGUCUCUUCAACUCAAAAAUAUGUUAAGGAGCAAUGAUGUUGAGAAUUAAACAUGAGAACCUCUUUUACGUCAUCUUUGUAACUUAUAAAGUACAGUGCCCAAACUGAAAACAUGUUUUUUAAUAGGGAAAUGUGGAAUUGCAAUUCAAACAAACAUGCAAGUAUUAUUAUAGAAAUGGUUCUAUAACUUUGUUAAGUUCUUUCAGCAUGUAUCAUAUCUGAAUUUCCAUGCAUUUAUUUAUUUGGUUUAUUUAUUUAUUUAUUUAUUUAUUUUUACAUUUUAGCUAUUGUUAAGUGUGGGUAUGUGAUUGUUAUUAUCAUCGCUGUAAUUUUAGCAUAUUCCUUUAACAUUCUUUUAUAUUGAAAAUUGAAUGUAUGGGCUGUCUCAUUGAAAGUGAAGGGUUCCUAAAUUUAAUUGCAGUAAUGCUUUGUUAAAAUGUCUGUAUAACAUAUUUUCUAGUCAUUUAUAUAUAAGAAUUGACUUGAGGAUAUUGAGUGUAUUCCUUCAUUUAAAGAUGUUUUUUGUUCUUCACUAAUGGUCAAAUUACUUAAUAUUUGGCAGAAGCACAUUAACUAAAUAUUUUGAUGUGUUUUGUUUUUGUUAGGUGGUUUAACUCAGAAAAGUUUGCAAACAGCAGUCAUGAUGUGCUAUUGUUUGAUCCUGAUAGGUAAGCGAAUUAUCCCAUUUUAAAGCAACUGCAAAUGUACUAGGUAUUUAAUUUUAUAUAGCUCUAAGUGAAAAAGUAUUAUUUGCUCUGUUGCCUUUUAAAAAUACUGAAAAUGCUUUCAUUACACAUGCAAUCACAUUGCAGCAACAUAUACCAUAUUCAUUUCUUUCCUUUUGGGAGGUUAUAGGAGUGAAAAUGAGAUCUUUUCUUAAAAUGAGCUUAUUUUAGACG